ACCAUCGAAAUCGAGUAAAUAACAACUAUGUCUGGUGAAGGUAAUAUGAAGUUGUACGUUUUUAAGGCGUCUUACUACGCAUAUCGGGUAAUGAUUGGAUUGGCUGAGAAGGGUCUAAAGUAUGAUUACAUCGUAGUGAACCCAUUUACUGGUGAAAACGUAGCGCCAUGGUACAUGAAAAUGAACCCUACCGGAAAGGUACCCACCCUGGUGCACGGCGAUAAGCCUGUCUGUGGAUCGGCAGCAAUAUUAAAGUAUUUGGAAGAAGAAUUUCCAGAAACUUCGGCAAUUUAUCCUGACAAGAAAUCUCCACUAUAUGAACAAAUCACACAGUUUGAAGAUUUGGUUGACUGUUAUUAUAUAGGAACUCUUGUUGGCGGAUCCUAUAGAUAUCCAAAGUAUGUACCCGAAGUGAAGAAUCAGAACGCUUGGAAAAAUAUUUGGAUAGUCGGUCACAACAUUAUUCCAACCAGAGCCGCUGAAAACGCCAUAAAACACCCGGAGUUGGCAGAUUUGUACGAUAAAAAGAAAGUGAAUAUUGUUGAGUAUGACCCAACUGAAGAAGUGUUCAAGGAUGUUCUAGAGAAAGUGAAGAACAUCGUGGAUACUGCUGAAGAAAAGUUUCAGGAAAGAGCAGAUAAAGGUGAAAAAGUAGAAUACUUCAUGACUGACAACUUCUCCUCGGCUGAUAUAUACCUCAUGGUAUUCCUGAAGAAAAUGGGCCUUGUUGGGUUCAGCUCUUACUGGGAGGAUGGAAAGCACCCAUUUGUGACGGAGUACUUUAAGCGGUUGGAACAACGGCCAUCGGUGAAAGAGAUGUUCAAGAUAUAUGAUGACGAGGUUCGUCAGAUGUGCGAUCUCCAAAUCGAAGGAUUUUAAUUGGCUUUCAAUUAGACCAAAUUACUAACUACUGUCUUUACAACAUUUGCAAUAUUAUUCAAGUCCAGGAUCGGACAUAUUCCUGAUAACAAUGAACUUUUUAAUUUUUGUAUAGUGUGCAAGAUCUGUUAUUAUUGAACCUGACAGAUAUAAUUAAAGUUAACCUUCCUUAAAAUCUA